AUCGGUAACCUCGAAGAACCUCAAAGACAAACACUCAGACGGUGAUAAUACUUCGGUUAAUUUGUAUUUGUUUAAAUUUAAAUGUUUAAAAUUCUCAGAAGUUUAUCACUAGUCUCUCUGCAGACUAGGAACGUUUCUUAUGGCCCACAUUUCAUUGAGCCUAUUUAUAGAAAAUCAGAACUUGAAAAACUUAAAGAAAGCGAAAAGGCAAAAGAGUUACUCCACGUCCCAGUGAAGGCAGCAAAAAUUGAACAAAGUUGUUCACCAUUUUAUGAUCCUGUGGUCGAGAAAUUUAUAAAUUAUGUAAUGAGAUGUGGCAAAAAGGAUCUGGCGAGGUUUCUUGUCAAUAAGUCUUUGGAGAGUGUGAAAAGGAUUCAACUUAAAAGGUAUCACAAAACGAAAGAUCCAGAUGAGAAGUCUAAAAUCAUUAUAGACCCUCUUGUAAUUUUUCAUCGGGCCGUAGAAAAUUGUAAACCACUACUUAAACUUACCCCAAUUAAAAGGGGUGGUGCGACAUAUCAGGUUCCUGUACCGAUAACAGAAAAAAGAUCAACAUUUUUGGCUAUGAACUGGUUGAUUGAACAGGGCAAGGCUGAUCCCAAGAACGGUAGAUUUUAUGAUAAACUAGCUCAGGAACUUCUGAAUGCGAGCAAUAAUGAAGGUAGAGUGAUUAAAAAAAAGCAGGACCUUCAUCGCCAAUGUGAAGCAAACAAGGCUUAUGCGCAUUACAGAUGGGGUUAAUCAUCUUUGUGAGAUGUUUGUUUUUAAAUAUAACUAUUGUAAAUGCUUUUUAAGUGUAAUAAAUUAACAUACAGUUUUUCA